CCGUUCCAGAGCUCCAGGCGGGGCAGGGGCAGCGCCGCUGGUUCCGGAGCGCUGGGCCUGCCAUGGCGUCGCUGGGCCUGAGCGAGUGGGAGCGAGCCGGGUGUCGAGAGCUCCUGGAGUUCCUAGACGGAGGACUGAUGGCGCUGACGGACACCGUCACCAACCGCCUGAUUUCUUUACUUGCAGAAGCCAUUCAUGCCAUUUUGAUUUACAGCCAGAGUGCUGAGGAACUUCUGAAACGCAGGAAGGUCUAUCGAGAAAUAAUUUUUAAGUAUUUAGCAGCACAAGGAAUUCCAGUGCCUCCUUCCUCUGAGAAACAUCUUCUCAUUGAUCGUGUAAAGCAGUACUGGCGUAGGCAGCUGACAACAGGAGCCUCAGAGUCAGAGGAGAGAAGACCAAAGGCAAAGAGUCAUGGAGAGAGGCAAAAGUCACAAGAUGAUAUUCGUGGUCUAGGAGAAGAAUUCUGUCAGUGGUUCUUUGAACUCCUUAAUUCUCAACAUCCUUUGGGAGUAAAAUCUGAAGAAACAUGGGGACCACAGCAUUUUUGGGAGAAUGCCAAAAUGAAGUUCUGUUACAACACGUUAGAAAAAAACACAGAAGAAUAUGUUGGUGCAGAAAUGGUGAGCCUUCGCUUACUUUCACUGGUUAAAGAAGAAUAUCUUCUAUUCAAUCCUAAUUUGCAUGCCAGUGGACUGAAAUGUGUCAUGUCUCGACAUGGGCUAGUGCUGGUAGCAGUAGCUGGCACAGUACAUAGAGACAACAUUUGUUUGGGCAUCUUUGAACAAAUUUUUGGACUCAUUAGCUGUCCCUCUAGGGAAAACACAUGGAAAAUAAAAGUUGUGAGUCUUAAAAUAGUUGGACAGAGUGCUCUGGAACCUGGGAUGCAAGUUGAAAACCCCUCCAUAAAAUACAAAUCAAGUCAACUGCAAGAGUUUUAUGAUGGGAAAGAACUGACUGUGUUUGAACCUUAGAAAUUCUGAGCAGUAUUGUGACAGCUGGGCGAAGAGGGGAACUCAGCAGCACUUGUGGCGCACAACUGAAUAUUGAAAUGGUUGCAGCAACGCAACGUCUGUUUUGAGAUUUGAUGGAUGACAAAGUGAUGCUACAGAGUCCAACGUAUUAAUGCGGGUGAUUCUUUUGUGCUCCUUUCCAAGAACUAACAAAUAUUUCUGAGUAUUACUUUAGGUUUUAUACUAAGGAAUGGAGUUAGUUUGAUAAUUCUUGGUUACAAACCAUGGUUAUGGUAAAAAAAUCUGUUGUCAACAGUAUAUAGUAAACUGGGUCACUCUGAGUUCACAAACUGUAGGUUGUUCCAGGUCACUAGUUUAAGCUUUCAUGUGAGUUGUAACAAGAAGGUGUUGCAUCUGUUUUUUUGAGAUUGGAACUGGUGAGUGGUCUAAAUGAAUGUUUUAAGUCCCCCCAGAAAAAGUCUGCUGCUUCAGGAGUAUUUGGACAGAACAGGCAAAGCAAUGUGAAUGGUAACUGCUGUCAUCACAGUCGUUUAAUGGGACAAUUCAUGGAAAUCACUGAAGUUGAUUUUCCUUUUGGCUAAUAGCUUCCUUUCCUUUUACCUUAUGUAAUGAAUACAGACAAACUGUGUUAGGAAUUUAUGAAUUAUAAAUAAGGCAGAGAUGUUAAUAAAAAAUAUUAAUGUUUAUUAAUAUAAAAA